AUGGACUCCAUUAAGUCAAAGGACCAAAGAGAAAUAGAGCUCUUCAACAUCGAGGACAAACACGAAGAUGAAAACUAUGAUUCGUCACAUUUUUCAUUGAACAAUGACUUUUUCCUUAAUGACGAAUCCAAAGCUCUUAAAGUGAAAGAGUUUGCUCUAGAAUUACAAAUUGACGAAAGAAAACUUAUGUGGAAGAUCGACUUUUUCGUCUUGGCUCCGUUCUGUCUUCUUUAUCUCAUCGCUAAUUUUGACCGUACGCAUUUUGGGCUUCUUUAUCUUAAUGGUAUCACCUCUACCCUCGAAAUCACCCAAUUACAGUAUUUCGCGGCCUGUGCUGCUUUCUUUUCCCCAUAUGUGUUUUUCCAAUUCUUCUCCAACUUGAUAUUGAAAUCCGUCAGACCUCAUUUCUGGAUCAGUAUUUCUGUGCUAUUCUAUGGUGCCUUUGUUCUAGCUUCUGGUUUUGUGAAGAGUUAUAGUGGCUAUAUCGCUUGCGAAUUCUUCCAUGGUGUGUUUCAAUCAGGUUGUGACAGUGCCGUCUUUUAUAUCCUUGCACAUUAUUAUGAGAGAAGAGAAUCACAAAAGAGAAUCUCCUAUUUCUACUCCACUCAGCACAUUGCCAUGCUUAUCAACACCGUUCUCUGUUACGGUAUCAACCUUCAUAUGCAUGACCGUUAUGGGCUUGAAACCUGGAGAUGGUUGUUGAUUAUUGAGGGUAGCAUCACUAUGGGAAGUGCUUUUAUCUUGUUCUUCAUCUUACCUGAUUUCCCUGAAGGUAUGAGAUUCUUCACUAACAACGAAACCCUCUUCAUCGUCAAGAAGUUGGAAGUUUACUUUGGGAAAUCCGGGUACAAUAUUAGCUUCUCUUGGAAAGAAGUUGGCCAAACCCUUAGAGACCCAAUGGUUUGGCUUCCGGGGAUUGCUGCCAUGUUCUUGGGAAUUAUUCCUUAUGAUUUCACCUACAUUCAAAGUAUCAGUUUCAAUUUCCUUGGUUACUCAGUUGAAGGGGCCAUGGAAAAGGCAAUUUACCCAUGGAUUUGCGGGUUCCUUUACAUUAUCUUUACUGGAUACAUGUCUGACUACUUUAGAAUACGGUCUCCGUUCGUUAUUGUUGGCACAAUAUUCACAAUAUACGGUCUUAUGGUGCUUCGAUACAUUCACAGCGUGAGUAUGAAAGAUCCAUGGAAGUACUCCACCGAUUUCUUUAUCGCUUGCGGGGCCUAUUCUGCGCUUCCACACUUCAUUGGAUGGGCCACUUUUAACUUGUGUGGUCAUUUAAGAAGAUCGGUGGCUACAUCUCUCAUGAUCAGUUUAUCAGAUUUGUCAGGUCUUUAUGGGUUGUUCAUCCUUCUUAAUAACAACAUCAAACUCACCAAGGCCACCACAGUAGGGUAUGUCUGGGAAAUUGUGUCAUUAUUACUAGUAAUUGCCUACGUGUGCUUGGUUUAUCACGAAAACAAGAAGAAGAGAUCAAGAGAGUACAAAGACAGUUUCAAUGAGCUUUCUGAAAGAAAGAAGAUUUUAGUUGGUGACAAAAACCCAAGUUACGAUUAUAUGUAUUAG